AGCGACAAUGGCAUUUGUGAAGAGUGGAUGGCUGCUCCGGCAAAGUACUAUUCUACGGCGCUGGAAGAAGAACUGGUUUGACCUGUGGUCUGAUGGCCGCUUAAUAUUCUAUGAUGAUCAAAACCGCCACGAUUUAGAAGAUAAAAUCCACAUGCGAAUCCACUGCAUCAAUCUCAGAGUGGGCAACGAAUGUCGAGAUUUCCAGCCUCCAGAGGGGAAGCAAAGAGACUGUUUACUGCAGAUUGUUUGCCGUGAUGGGAAGACAGUCAACCUCUGUGCAGAGAGUGCAGAUGACUGCCUGGCAUGGAAGAUUGCUCUCCAGGAUGCCAGAACAAACACAGGCUACGUGGGAUCUGACGUGAUGUAUGAUGAGACAGCCAUUUCCUCAUCCCCUCCACCCUAUACAGCUUAUGCUACACCAUCACCUGAGGUUUAUGGCUAUGGCUACGAUCAGUAUAAUGGUCCAUAUCCCCCUGCCGGUCCUCAAGUCUUCUAUGCCUCCAACGGACAAGCUUAUGCUGUUCCCUAUCAGUAUCCAUACCAAGGACCUUAUGGUCAACCCCCUGCAAACCAUGUCAUCAUUCGAGAGCGCUACCGUGACAGUGAUGGAGACCUUGCCCUGGGCAUGCUUGCUGGAGCAGCAACUGGAAUGGCUUUGGGAUCAUUAUUCUGGGUCUUCUAGAUUACCUGUUCCUUAUCUUUGUAGUUCCAAAAACCUUUAUUGUGUGCAAUAAUAUAUUGGCAAUGUUGUUUACUGUUAAACU